UGACUGCGGAAGUACGGGCCCCUCAGGCCCCGCCCUCAAGAUGGCGGCGCCCAGUGCUCGGGGUCGCGACGUGCUUCGGCUCGACAGCGGGUUAUAGCGUGGGCGGCGUUUCCGGGCCAUGGACCGGCCCGGCUUCACGGCCUCGCUGGUGGCUGGUGGGGUAGCAGGUGUCUCUGUUGAUUUGAUAUUAUUUCCUCUGGAUACCAUUAAAACGAGGCUGCAAAGUCCCCAAGGAUUUAAUAAGGCUGGUGGUUUUCAUGGAAUAUAUGCUGGCGUUCCUUCUGCUGCUAUUGGAUCCUUUCCUAAUGCUGCUGCCUUUUUUAUCACCUAUGAUUAUGUGAAAUGGUUUUUGCACACUGAUUCAUCUUCACAUUUGAUGCCUGUGAAGCACAUGUUGGCUGCCUCUGCUGGAGAAGUGGUGGCCUGCCUGAUUCGAGUUCCUUCUGAAGUAGUUAAGCAGAGGGCACAGGUUUCUGCUUCUUCAAGAACAUUUCAGAUUUUCUCUAACAUCUUAUAUCAAGAGGGCAUCCCAGGAUUGUAUCGAGGCUACAAAAGCACAGUUUUAAGAGAGAUUCCCUUCUCAUUGGUCCAGUUUCCCUUGUGGGAAUCCUUAAAAGCCCUCUGGUCCUGGAGGCAGGAUCAUGUGGUGGAAUCUUGGCAGUCAGCAGUCUGUGGAGCUUUUGCAGGUGGAUUUGCAGCUGUGGUCACCACGCCCCUGGAUGUGGCAAAGACAAGAAUCAUGUUGGCGAAGGCCGGGUCCAGCACGGCUGGCGGGAACGUCCUCUCUGCCCUGCAUGGGGUCUGGCGCACCCAGGGGCUGCCAGGAUUAUUUGCAGGAGUCUUCCCGCGAAUGGCAGCCAUCAGCCUGGGCGGUUUCAUCUUUCUUGGUGCUUAUGACCAAACGCAUAGCAUGCUGUUGGAGCUUGGCAGAGAGAGCCCGUGAACCACACGCCCACAGCCACGCCUACAGGGGGCCGCUGUGAGAGCUCCCCCUCCUGCAGCUGCUGGGCCCUCUGAACAUGCAGGCACUGAAGCCCAGUCCUGCAGGUUCACUCGGAGCACGACUUCCAGGCUACAGGCGACUGGGAUGAUGUCAUCUACGUAUUCGCCAGAAAAUUGAGAGAAAACGAUGCCAAGAGCAGUACUUUUAACAAUUUUCUCAGAACCCCUGAAUAAAGAAGUUUGGUGAUGCUGAGGCCGGCC